GUCACGUAUGAUGAUCAGGAUCUGGACGAGUCAAAAAAUUGAAAAAAACUCUAGUUGGAAGAGAAAACAUACUGAGCUGAUGACUAAAGAAAGGGUUCACAUUUACGGAAGUUCAUUAUGUUCGAGCAAGCCCGAGGGGACUGACUUGCUUUGACUUCUCAUCGGAUGGAAAGUUGCUUGCUAGCGGUGGCCAUGACAAAAAGGCUGUGGUAUUUUUUACAGAUACCAUGAAACCAAAGUCUACACUUGAAGAACAUUCAUCCUUGAUUACCGAUGUCCGUUUCAGUCCUAGCAUGCCACGCCUUGCCACUUCUUCAUUUGACAAAACUGUCAGGGUUUGGGAUGUUAACAAUCCUGGUUAUUCAUUUUGGACCUUUUUGGGGCAUUCUACUACUGUUAUGUCCCUUGACUUUCAUCCAAAUAGGGAUGAUCUCAUCUGUUCUGGUGAUGGUGAUGGCGAAAUAAGAUACUGGAGUAUUAACAAUGGGAGCUGUGCAGGAGUUUUCAAGGGCGGUGCGGUUCAGUUGAGAUUUCAACCUCGUCUUGGAAAGUACCUAGCCGCUGCUGCAGCGAAUGUUGUAUCUAUUUUGGAUGUGGAGACACAAACCUUGCAGCAUUCGCUACAGGCCUGUUUAACAAUAUGAACAGAAUACCACUAAAAUAAGGGGAAAAAAACAACAAUGGGGAACGAAAUGUAACUCAUGAGAAUUAUUCAAACUAAUGGUUCAUAUCAGGUGGAGGAAAGAUAGGAAUGCUUAUAUUUGAGACAUCAAUGAAACUCCUUAUGUUCUUAUUUUAAUAUCUGAUAAUUUCUCAUUUCUCUUUUGAUUCUCAAAGCAUUUCAAUUGCUGAAAAAGUUAAUAGAAUUGGCUCUCGUCAGGGCAUAUAAAAUUUGCUCUUCUAAUGUAUACAAAAAGCUCUAAUUGUGGUACACUUUGGGGAGACUUAAAAUGGAGUAGUGUAGAUUUUCUGUUUGACAGCUAAUCUCUCUGAGGGUCUUUUGCUGAAAGACUGCUCCCAACAGGUAUAAAUUUGGAGGAAUGGCAGUUAUAAGUUUUAACAUGCCAAAUAUGGCCCGUAAUUAGCACUCCUUAAAACGUUUUAAGUAUGCAAUUUGGGUUCUCUUUGUUUAAUUCUUCUUAGGCAGGUUUAAAAUGGUUCAUUUUAUGUGCUUUCUCUAUUGGUGGAUAGCUGAUUUUCCUGUAAAUUUGUGUGUGUACUUACAGGGGCAUACUAAACCAAUCAGUUCAGUAUGCUGGGAUCCUUCAGGUGAGUUUCUAGCCUCUGUCAGUGAGGACUCUGUUAGGGUAUGGAGAUUUGGAUCAGGAUCUGAAGGAGAAUGCAUUCAUGACUUGAGCUGUUACGGCCUCCAGUGUUGUGUUUUUCAUCCUACUUUUUCAUCAUCAUUGUUGGUCAUUGGGUCUUACCAGGUAAGUUGUUUCCUUCCUGUAGCCUUUUGCAAGCGGUCAUGCAAAGACCUG